CUCUCCUCUGCACACACUGUCUCCUACUACUACUCUACUUUCUUCUACUAGCAUAAGCAAUUAAGCAUACCAUAGCUACUUUUUUUUUUUUUUAAUUCUCUCUUUCUAUUUUUAAUUUAUCUUUCUGAUGUGUGUGGUGGAAAGAAAAUAAGAAAAUAACGUGUAAAUUAGUUAGAAUGACACACUAGACGGAAUAAUGAAUGGACAAAAAAGGAAAGUGAAAGAUGAUGCUAUGAAUGGUUUAUUUAAUUGGCACCCGAAUGAAGACCUAUAGUCAUUUUUGUUUGUUUAUUCCACUAUAGUUUACAAGGGCUCUUUGCUUUUAUAGCGUUUCCAGAACCCGGAUUCUGGUCAAAGAUAUUGGUCUUCUUGCUUUUUACUAACAUAUUGCAAAAUAGUAAAAAUUAAAGAGGGAGAGAGAAAGUGUGUGAUGUGAGUAUAUGUAUGUGGGUGUGUGUAUUUUGCAUUAGAUACAGAAUCAUCUUCUUUUUUUCUUCCUAUCCUAUCUAGUGAAAAUGAAUUGAAGGGCUAAGGGAUGAAAGGUUUGAUAUUGAUGGUCUAGCUUUAGUAGUGAUCUCUUGGAAUUGAAAGUUUAGAAAUUAGAAAUUAAUAGUGACUAUUGAUGAUGGGUAAGAAGAAGCCACAAAAAACUAAGGAACUUUCCGUGGCAAUAGCUGAAGCAUCAUCAGCAAUUGAUGAGAAAGAGCAACAAAUUCAAGUUCAAGUUCAACCUCAACCUCAAGCUCCUAGAAAGAGAGGUAGACCUCGUAAGAUUGUUUUAAAGAGGGAGGAAAGUGAAGAGGAAAAAACACAACUGAUGAUAGGGCAAAGAGGAGCACAAGGCACAGAGAGUUCAAUGGAAAAAGGUACAACCAACGAGCAAGAAGGAACAUCAUCAUCAGCAUGCAUGAGGGUUACAACAAAACAAGAGGAGAUGCAGCUUCCAAAAGUGGAGCCAUCGAGAAGCAGAGCUAGGAGGAAAAGCAAACCCAGAAAGAGUAGUUAAUUAAUAUAUAUAAUCAUUGCUCCUUUUUUUUCUCUCUUCUCUUUUAUAAUUUCUUUCUUUCCCUCUACUUUUUUCAUGAAGCAAUUAAUUCUUGGUUGGUUCCUUUGGUCUUGCCAUGUUUUUAUUUCAUUUUCUUUUGGUGAUUGACAUUUAAAACUGAUAUUGUUGUUGUUGGGGAACACAAGUGUCAAUAGAAACACUUGAAGUUAUUAUUGGUUUAGUUCUUUGGUGUAAGUGGUUUUUCUUAUCUAAUUGUGUGGACGAUAUGUAUUGUGUUAUGGUUGGUUCCAUUAGUUCAAUUACUCUUUCUGUAGUUGAACUUGAAUAUUGCUACUAUUAUUCAUUGCUUCAUUCACACGCAGAAAAGAAAGUUAAUCAAGA